AUGUCCCGGUGGCCCCGUGGCAACACCCACCCGCGGGCCAGGUCGCCCGUGGAGUCCGGCUCCUCAGAGCAACAAAGACUUUACGAGGCGCCCUCGCCGCCCUGCGUGCCCCUCCCGGAGCCCCGGGUAAGGCGCCACGCAAACCAAACCUCUUUCAUCUCCUUCCGGGCGCGCGCGCACCUUGUCUCCAGCGCCUGCAGAGCCAACCCGACACUUUUCAACCCCAAGGUCAGGACGGUCGUCAAGCCCGAGGCUUCGGAGAUGAAAGAGGAGGCGGACGCGCCGGCGCUGUGGGGCGCGGCCUCCCCGGCGGCGGCGCGGACCCCGCCUCGGCCCAGCGCGGACGAGGACCGCGGGGAGCCGGGCGCGCCGGGCGGGGCCCGUCGGCCGCGCGGGGCCGCCCCGGGGACGCGGCUGCGGGGCCUGGGCCACGAGUGCCCGCGGCGUCCCUCCCGGGCGCGGGCCGCUCCCCGCGGCGCCCGGACCGCCGAGACGGCGCAGCGGCUCAAGAAGACGCGCCGGCUGAAUGCCAACAACCGCGAGCGCCACCGCAUGCACAACCUGAACGCGGCGCUGGACGCGCUGCGCGAGGCGCUGCCCACGUUCCCCGAGGACGCCAAGCUCACCAAGAUCGAGACGCUGCGCUUCGCGCACAACUACAUCUGGGCGCUCACGGAGACGCUGCGCCUGGCCGACCACUGCGGGGGCGCCCUGCCCGGCCCGCUGCGCCCCGAGCCCGCGCUGCCGAGCCCGGCCGGCGCCCUGGGCAGCGUGGGGGACAGCCCGUCGCCCGCGUCCACGUGGAGCGGCACCGACAGCCCCGCGCCGCCCUCCUCCGCGCCGUCCGCGUCCACCUCCCCGUGCAGCUGCGCCUUCUCCCCCGCCAGCCCCGCCGGCUCGGACCGGGACUGCUGGCCGCCGGCGCCGCCCGACAAGCGCCGCUGCGCGCCCCGCCGCCCCGCGAUCGGGGGAUGCGCUUAG